UGCAAGAGAGAACGAGUACUAGAGAAGGAAAAAAAGAUAACGUACAAGUUUUGUAGAGUGCGAGAGAGAGAGAGAGAGAGAGAGAGAGAGAGAGAGCGAGAGAGAGAGAGAGAGAGAGAGAGCGAGAGAGAGAGAGAGAGAGAGAGAGUGAGAGAGAGGAAUUCCCGACGACGAGGACUAGUAGAAAGAAGAACGAGUAAACUGGGUGAAGAAAGUAAGUUUCUGGUAGCGCCGCCGCCGACUACGACGACGACGACGACGACGACGACGACGACGACGACGACAACGACGACAACGACGAUAAUCCGUGGAAUAAACGGAGAGAGGGUGGGAGAAAGAGAGAGAGAGAGAGAGAGAGAGAGAGCCAAGAGUAAGGAGAACAGUGACGCGGAAGUUUAUCGUAGUCGAGUGAGGCACGCGCCACGAUGCAGAGCAACGGCACGGAACACCCCGAGAAUGGAGUCGAUAGGACUGGCUGGACGAUCGGCUUAAUAAAUGGCAAAUUCAAAUAUCUUACGGCGGAGACCUUUGGCUUCAAGAUCAAUGCUAACGGCGCCAGUUUAAAAAAGAAGCAGCUUUGGAUGCUCGAAGGCAACGAACAUCAGGUGUACUUACGCUCGCACCUGGAGCGCUACUUGGCGGUUGAUCAGUUCGGCAAUGUCACUUGCGAGGCUGAGGAUCCUAGCGAUUCUGGUUGUGCCUUCCAGAUUCAACUUGCUUACGAUGGAAGCGGUAGAUGGGCGUUAAAGAACGUGCAAAGGGGCUAUUUUCUAGGCUCGAGUCAGGAUGAGCUUAAAUGUACCGCUAAGGCUCCUGGCGAAUCUGAAUACUGGCUGGUGCAUCUUGCUGCAAGGCCACAAGUGAAUUUGCGCUCGGCCGGUCGUAAGCGAUUCGCUCAUCUCAGCACAACGCAGGACGAGAUUUACGUGGAUGCACCUGUGCCCUGGGGCGAGGAUACCCUAUUUACCCUAGAGUUUCGUGGUCAAAGCGAGCACGUGAAUGCGCGGGGAAAGCCGGAGGGUGGCCACUACGCCCUCCAUACCUGUAACAACAAGUAUUUGGCGCGCGACGGAAAGCUUCUGGAGACCUGCACUCGGGACUGCCUCUAUGCGGCUGAGUUCCACGCGGGUCUACUCGCGCUCAGGGACAUCAGUGGCGGCUAUCUGGCACCGAUCGGCAGCAAGGCUGUGUUAAAGUCACGCUCCACCACUGUCACCCGGGACGAGCUUUUCUCUCUCGAGGAUUCGCUGCCCCAGGCGUCCUUUGUCGCGGCCCUCAAUCAGCGCUACGUCUCCGUCAAGCAAGGAGUCGACGUGACGGCCAACCAGGAUGAGAUCUCAGGCCACGAGACGUUCCAGCUCGAGUUCGACCGGACGACGAAGCGUUGGUACGUGCGCACGAUGCAGGACCGCUACUGGAGCCUCGAGUCCGGGGGUGGUAUUCAGGCAUCGGAGCACAAGCGUUCCUCUAACGGGCUGUUCGACCUGCUUUGGCAGCCCGAGGAUGGGACGGUCGCGUUGCGCUCCAAUAAUGGCAAGUUCCUUGCCACCAAGCGCUCGGGCCACCUAUAUGCCAACGCUGACAGCGUCAAUGCUGCCGACAAUGACGUCUGCAAGUACUAUUUCUACCUGAUGAAUCGACCCGUCCUCGUGCUGCGCUGCGAGCAGGGUUUUGUCGGGCCUAAGAGCGCCCUCAGUCCCAAGCUCGAGUGCAACAAGGCCGGCUACGAGACUAUCAUGGUCGAGAGAUGCGAGCGUGGCAUCGUCCGAUUCAAGGGUACGAAUGGCAAAUACUGGCACGCGGACAGCGAGGGUGUGAGCGUAGACGCGGAGCUCGCAUCCUGUGGAUUCUAUCUGGAGCUGCGCGAGCCCUCGCGGCUCUGUAUCAAGUCCACGGAUGGGCGCUACCUGAGUGCUGGCAAGAACGGCGCCCUUCGCCUUGGCGAGACCGACUACGCUUCCGCUACCAAGUGGGAAUUUUAAUUUCUUCGACUUCUAAACUCUCUCUACGUAUGCCGCAUCUGCUUUAACGAAUUCGAGGACAUGAUCACGUGGAGUAAGGAGAGGAAAGGAAAAAAUGAGAGCCAGGAUCUACAUCACGAACUCGUCCUCGUCCUCGUCAUUGCGCGAUUUUUGUCUAAGAUAGACUUGGAGAGGGGGGGGGAUGAAGAGAAACGAUAACGGUAGCAAAGAGAUAAAAGAUAUUUAUACGCAAAGCGAAAUAAUCCAUAUGCAUGGUGUAUUUGGUACGUGAUGGGCGAAGCACGGUAUUUUUUUUUAUACGCGUGUGUGCAAUUUGGUAUUCCGCAGAGCCCCGUACACAUGCAUUCGUACACUUCGGAUACGUUUGGAUGGGAUCUUAUUUUCUUAAGCGAUCUGCAAAUACGUUUUAUCCUUUUAUAUUACUCUUAAGCUUAACAAUACGUAGAAUUUCAGAUCUUUGUCAUUGAAAUCGAUUAAUUAUUUGCUACACGUAUUUAUCUAACAAGUAUACUUAGCAAUGUGGGCGCUAGUGAGACAACUGGAACGGGAAAUCGACAAAAUUAAUCUAUAUUUUAUGUUUUAAUCCUACAUUUUUAUUGUUCAAUCGAUACC